UGAGAGAAACAUAUUGGACAAGAGCUAGAACGACUUCAUAAAUUGGGUAUCAUUGAACCGGUGAAUUUCUCAGAAUGGGCUGUACGAUAGUGAUAGUAAAGAAGAUUAAUGGCAGCGUCCAUUUAUGUGCUGAUUACUCAACCGGGUUAAAUGAAGCCCUAGAAACUCAUCAGUACCCAUUACCCCUACCCGAAGAUCUUUCUGCUUAAAUGAAUGGAGGUAAGCUCUUUGCAAAGUUGGAUUUGUCGGAAGCUUAUUUACAAGUUCCUGUUGCUGAUGAGUGUCAAGAUCUGCUCACCAUAAACACACACAAGGGGCCUAUUCCGGUAUAACCGACUGACAUUCGAAGUUAAGACGGUUCCAUCCAUGUUUCAGCAAGUAACGGAUACUAUGCUACAGGAUAUUCCAGGUGCUGCAGCUUGUCUGGAUGAUGUAAUAAUUAUGGGAGUAGAUAGAAUAGACUUCGAAAAGAAGCUCGACCAGGUGCUGUCGCGAAUAACCGAAUAUAGACUUCGGUUCUGUCCAGAGAAAUGUAACUUUUGUAUGCAAAAGGUACGCUACUUCGGAUUUAUAAUCGACAAGGAUGGCAGAAGACCAGAUCCAGAGAAUAUCCAGACAGUGAAAACUAUGCAUAGACGGACGAACGUCCCCACACUACGAUCCUUUUUGGGACUAGUUAGUCAUUAUGGAACUUUUAUUCCUAACAUUCAUCAACUGCGUGCCCCUUAAAUAAUCUUCUGGCGAAGAAUCUA